UUUAUGUUUUUCGAAUAUAAAUAUUAUGCACAAGCUCGAAGAAAAUUAUAUGACAUACGAUAGCAUAAGUGAUAAAAAAGAAGUGAAAAAAAAAAUUUAAAAAAUGAAUAUCGUUACUUGUAUCGCACCUAUUAAUAUUGCCGUUGUAAAAUAUUGGGGUAAAAGAGACGAAACGUUAAUAUUGCCAGCAAAUGAUUCCAUUAGCGCUACUUUAGAUACUGAUCAUUUGUGUGCAAAAACUACUGUGAUGAUUAGUCCAAAUUUUAAACACGAUCGUAUAUGGUUAAAUGGACGGGAAGAAGAUAUUAUGAAUAUUAGAUUGCAAAAUUGUUUAACAGAAAUUAAAAAAAGAGCAGGAGAUUCUAAUCAUAUGGAUCAAUGGAAAAUUCAUAUUUGUUCAGAAAAUAAUUUUCCAACUUCAGCCGGUUUAGCUUCCAGUGCUGCAGGUUAUGCUUGUCUUGUAAUAGCUCUUGCUAAAUUAUAUGAAGUAAAGGGUGAUAUUACUGCAAUAGCUCGUGUUGGUUCUGGAUCAGCAUGUCGCAGUAUUUUAGGAGGUUUUGUAAGAUGGUAUAUGGGUUCUCAAACAGAUGGGACUGAUAGUAUAGCAAAACAAAUUGUACCUGCCAGUUAUUGGCCAGAAAUGAGAAUUUUAAUAUUAGUUGUAAAUGAAGCAAAAAAAAAUGUUUCCAGUGCAAUUGGAAUGAAAAGAGGUAUGGAAACAUCUGAUUUUCUGAAUUUUAGAGUAAAACAUAUCGUUCCUGAUAGAGUGAAAAGUAUUGAACAGGCUAUUCUACAAAAAGAUUUUAAAACAUUUGCUGAACAUACAAUGAAAGAUUCAAAUCAAAUGCAUGCAGCUUGUUUAGAUACAUAUCCACCAUGUGUCUAUAUGAAUGAUAUUUCACAUGCUAUUGUUGAUUUAAUUCAUGCUUAUAAUGAAACUGUGAAAGAAGUAAAGGUUGCAUAUACUUUUGAUGCAGGACCAAAUGCAACUUUAUAUCUUUUAGAAGAAAAUGUAACAGAAUUUUUAGGAGUAUUAGAUUAUUUUUUCCCUACAACAACUAAUUUAGAGGAAUAUAUUAAAGGUUUACCUGUUAAAAAAGUUGUACAUUCACUAGAGCUAUUCAAUAAUAUUAAUAUAAGAAAACAAGCUCCAGGAUGUUUUAAAUAUAUUAUUUACACUAAAAUCAGUGAUGGUCCUAAAUAUUUAAAUGAUUCUAAGGAUCAUCUUUUAAAUAAAGAAGGAUUACCUAUCAAUUUAAUUUAG